GCAUUUUCCAACAAAAUUUCUCUCACAGGCGAGGUUCUGCCCGUCCCGGAUCGUCGCGUUCGUUCCGACGGAGCAGGCUGCCGGAAGUCCAAACGGAGAAAACCAACCCCUUCGGUUGUUCACAUAUCGUUUAUUAAUUAUGUACAAAACGGUACGAAAAGGCGAUGCCAGCCUGCAGUACACAAUCCUACCGCAAACGGACCAGUUUUCGUCAUCCGGGUUCCCUCAGACAUCGGACAAGUCGAGCUCGAGGAUCAUCAAGUACAUCAUAGGCACGUUGAUGAUUCUGAUCAUCCUGUCCUGCGUGUCGGCACCGUUUUUCAUGAACCAGAGCGACCAGCGACUGUUCACCAGCACGGUGUUGGCUAUAGGUCGAGUUGGGCACAACACGAUAGCUAGAAACUCGUCGAGGAGUCAGGAGAAAGACAUCGCGAACAAAAGCAAAAACAGGCUUCCAGUAACAACCACGGUUUCAUCUACGGAAGCUUACAGGAAGCAGGAUAUCGAAGACGAGAUGACUACGUUGUCGGAGGCGUCGAAUAUAGAUGAACAAGAGUCACAGGAGUUCACUACCACAGAUGCCACAACGAGUAGCACGCAACGUUCGCAAACAUCGACGGAAUCGACGACGAGCGUCAAACAGACGUCCACGUCCACGACUACGACCACGUAUGUACUACCGACAACGUGGUCGACCGGUUUAAAAACGUUAACCAGCACCCCGAGUGAAGCGACCAAGAUGACGUCGAGCGCGCCAACGAGGAAGGCGAAGAUGCCAAGGGUAACCUUGAAGCUCAGGGAGAACGAAACGAUACCACAAAUGUACAUGAAGGCGGGGAUAGCGUCAUACAAAAAAGGAAACAUCACUACGAGCGUCCUGGCACACGGCCUAAGCCUGGAAGGGUUGAUCUUCAAGACGCCAGAGGGAACGAUAAACCCCUGGCCGCAAAAGUGGUUCUUCACCGGCCCCUCCUCCGACUUUCAAUGGAAGGUACAGUCGUCUCGGCAAGGCUUAAACCAGGUGUCGAUAAGGAUUUACCUAAUGCUGGCAGUGUUCGGAGUCUUCGCAAGCAUCGGCGGCUUUAUGCUGUUGUGCGUGCGAAAGGUCAUGAGACGCCAGCGUCAAAGCGUCGAAGAACCAGAAGUGGAGGGACAGGAGGAGGACAAAUCGACUUUGUUGGGCGCCGAAAGCCAGGAAACCGAGGAAAAAGAGUAAUCGUGAUUCGACCAUGGGAGAGCCACGUAGCUCGUAAGAUUCGCAUAUUUUUACAACGUGUACGUCAGUUUAGAUUUAGGUACUUCGCGUGAAACACCGAACGAACGAUCAUCGAGAUGUUGGGAAUACCGGUUAAUAUUUUUCGGGUUCGUUUAAUCGAGCGCUGAUAGUCCCGUUUUAAGGAAUUGACCGAUCGAAUAAUUAUCGUUCUCUUCGUUACUAGGAUUUUACUUACUUGGUUAUAGUCGUUCGCGGAGAAUCGAUCUCGGUGAUAUUUUAACAAACGUAAAAUUUUCUGAACGCGAGUCACGUAAUUCCUACCAAGGAUUUAUUUUUCAUAGGAAAUAAUUCCAGCUAAAAAUCGUUCAUAUCGUCGAACAUUAUAAAAUUCGCGAUAUUUCCGGAAAUACCCUAGCGAUGUUUCUGUCUUAUAAUUUGUACAUACCUAGACGUGAAAAGUGAAUUUUCAUUGAUUCCGAUAUGUUCGAUCUAGCAUCUCUGCGAAGAAGAUGGUUCGAAAGAUAGCCAGCUUUCGAAGGUCGGCUAGAUGGACAUUUUUCGUCGGUAUACCUUCUUCUUCCUGCAAAUACAAUUGAGACGUAACGUGUAAAAACGACUGAAAGGAACGACGCGGCUUUCGCGUGUUCGCAGUCUUAUCCUAUUGCUAGGUUGCGCUAGCGUGUUGUGGUCCGAUUAAUUUUCGCCGAAUUUUGUCUGACACUGCAAACUACUUACGAUCAUCGACUCGCGAUGAUAGUCUUCGAAAUGUUUCUAUUAUAUAAUUUAUAAAGACGUAGUAUACUUUUUCGAAAGUUAUUUUCAUUGCUACUGAUUCCACUUGAUACCUUUUUCUAUUUCAUAUGUAUGUAUAUCGAUACAUAUACCAUAUUAAUAUUAAUACGCUUGUGUCUAUACUAUAUUUUAUUCGUGCCGUGACAUCCUGCUGGAUAUAAAACAAUUCCUCGAAAAAAAGUUUGGGAAAGGAAUCGUUCUUCGCUGAUGAUUGGAUGUUUCAUAAAAAUUGUAAAUGAAAAGACGGCGUAUGCGUUUGUUCGUUCAUUUAUGAAUAUGCAAACGAAAGAAACAGGUGAAUUUUGUACGAGACAAAUAGUUCCAUUCAAUAGUUUAUAGCGUCUUUGUGCGCUUAGUGAUGAUUUUUUUCUUUCUAACGAUUGUGACCUUAUUUUCUACCAUAUUUUCAACAUGAGUAGGUAAGUAACGAUUCUCAACCAUAUUAUAUCUUUAAUACUACGAGUUGGGCAAUUUUUUCAAAUAUUUAUUUGUGUGUUUAUGGAUGUUAUUCGCAAGCAAAUAAAAGCAUUGUCGUUCGAUUAGUCUGGAUGCAACAUUCGGAGCAAGAUGGGGACAUUUCCAUGAACGAUCAUUUUUAGAUAAUAUGGACGUACAGGAGAAAAACAGAGUGACAAUGUUGGACCGAAGAAUCUAUGCGGAGAGUCGUUGAAGCAACGUUGUUGUACAAAAAAAUGGGCUAUCGUAAAGCAAUUCUAUCCUUUGAUGUUCCUAAAACUACAUCGGAGAAGAAGUUGGCUCUCUAACGAAAAAAUUCUCAACAGACGUUGAAGACAAUUUUGGACCUUUCCCUAUUGUGUUUUCGAUCGAACAAGAGGAAGUGUUGGUAAUUCUUUCUGCCUAAAUCUUUAUUGCUUUCUCUACGGGAUUACGAUGUUCUGUUUUCACACAAAUACCACACACCACCAUUAUACAUAUAGUACAUAUGUAUAGUACAUAUAAUACCACCGUACAGUAUUACAAAAUGUAGUAAAAUCCAUAUAUAUACAUAUAUACACAUACAAGAUCAUAACUGGAACAUACAUCUACGAUCAUAAACCAUACGCACACGUUACACAUAUAAUAAAGAAAAAUUAGUGUUUUAUUUAAAUGAAACGGGCCUACCAUUUGGUCUAACAACAAUGGAUAUGUACAAAUAGAUGCGUACAACCUUUCCCCGUCAGUAGGGCGUUGUCGCUACUUUUAAAAUUAUAUUUUUGUAUCUUUUUGGAAGUUAAGUUUUGGAAGUUUAUUUUAACGUGUUUCGAUAAACAGGUAUUGAUAUUAUAUAUGAUAUUUUUUGUAGAUACAAAAUCAAUAAACAUAGUAUUCUAGAGCAAUUUUGUUUUAGCAUUUCCAUCUUGCUGCCCCAAAUUCCCAUGCAUGAAAUAAAAACGAAGUUCAAACUACUCAUCUUUUCUCUUAAAUCGAGACGUUAUCUUCCAUUGGAUAAUUCUUCGAUAUUUGAAUAUAUUAUAAUAUCUGGUACGACGAGUCGAUUAAUUUAAAUUGACAAAUUUAUAAUUACCAAACAUAGUACGUAAUUAAUAUGUACUUGGUCGGACCAUGACGUGUUAGAUGCAUCUUUUUUCGAAUAAUAUGAUCGUGAAUUUAAAAAUCGUGGAAACGACUGAGAAAUAUCGUUCAAACGAGAAUUUUUCUUCGACGACGGAAGGGCUCCGUUUGAUUACCAGUAUGUAGAUACUUCCUGGCUAUUCUAUUACAUUAGUGAAUCGUACGGAAACUAAUCUCACAAUAUCAGGAAGUUCUGAUGAUUUUUUACAAAGUAUCUUGCAUAUCCCCUGUACGUGUUGAGAGUCGUAAAUUUAUCAGAGAAUUUUCCAGCUCUUUCCUACAAAAGAGCUACUAAAGAAACAAAUCUAUCUAUAUAUAUAUAUAUAUAUAAGUGAAAAACAAAGUUACGUACCUCGAUGACCGAUUAAGGAGACAGUUUUUAAAAAAACAGAUGAAUGACGGAAUCGUUAGAGAAACGAGCAAUCUUUCUAUACUAUUUGUUUCGCUUAUCGAUCACGAUCGACCGAACAGGUAUAUUUUAUUAGAGAAAGUGAAAUUAAACGUUUGGUCAUCCCCGUAGCGGAUUUUAAACGAAAUUAACCUGAGAAUACAUAAAUACGUCAUCUCGAAAGUAAAAACUUGUUUAAGGGUUUUAUAAAAGCGAAGUAGAAAAUGUGGUAGAAAGAUCGUAGGGUCUUGCGAUUAUCGGAAAUUCCGACCGAGACAGUCUGAUAAUUUGCAAGUGAGUUUCCAGUUGACAUUUCCGACAUAUACUUGGACGUGUUACGCCUUUAAAAAGCAAUCGAUAUUAACGACAGACGCGUCGAAACGAAUAUCAAACGUUAACGUCGGUGGUCUCCUUAAUUCGGUCACACUAUGUAUUUGCUAAACUUUCUACACUGUGCAUACAGUACACAAUAUGCUGCUGUAUAUGGCCAUAAAAUAUUACAAAUAUCUGGCCGAUUUUCUUGAAAUGUCAUUAAGAAUCGCACCUUGAAAUUUUCUAGCACCGAUGUGCUUCGAAAAUAUGUUGCUUCGUCUACGAUCGCUAUAAACUUACUACUACGGAAGAUUGAAAAUUAAGUUUCUCGAAUUAACGUACGUUAUUCCACGAUUCGCUUCGAUUUCCGUUCGAACAAAACAUCAAGAGAAUCGAAACGUACAGAGGCAAUCUUGUGCGCAACUAUUUUCUGAAAAAUUUAGAAAAUCAUGUAUACAAUUUACGUUCAAUAUUUUAUUUCUCUAUUUCAUUGUACGAUUCAAUGAGUAACAUUCGAUUUACCUUUCUUCGUCCCGGUUCAUAACGCAAGUUGCGUGUUUCGUUAAAGAUUUCUCUUCACCCAUAUAUAAUAUAAAUUAUAGCGAUCGACUCGUUUAAAGAUUUGUUUCCGUAUUUUUAUUCGGUACUUAUUUAGUUACUAACAUGUUCGGAUAUCUUCCAUGUAUUACGAAAGACAGCUUCGUAACGAGAAAAAGUAUUGUAUUAAUUUAAAACGAAAAACAUGUGUGCUAGGUGCAUAAAAAUUGCGUAAGAAGACUGUACGUAGUUUCAAGCGCAUAUUUUCCAGAUAUAUUCAUAUUUUAAUGAAUAUAUUAGGUAAUAUUGGAAGUUGCGAGUUAAAAUUACGAGCUACUAAUUACUCUUUGUCAUCGUGGAUGAUUAACGAUUGAUCGAAUUGUCUCGCAAAUUGCGUUAUUUGAUAUUGAUAUUAACGGAGAAACUGCGUUUUUAGCGUUAUACAUUUUCCCUACGGGUGUAAAGACUUUCAUUAGUGAAAUGUAUUUCUAUGUGUAAUUAAAUAGCGAUGGCCGCAAAGCGACAUCUUUAACAAAAUUUAGGAGACAAUCGAACGCAAUGUUUUUCACGCCAAUUUUUGUGCGAUCUUUACAAACAACGUCGUUCAGUAUUUUUAAAGCAAUACACAGAGCAUAAAAUGUUAGUUGUUAUUUGAGAAAUUGAUUUCUACGUUUAAACGCGUUUCGAUUAAACGAUACUAGCUACUAAUGACUUAACGAUACAAGCUCAAAUGAUUACAAAUGUUAAGCGACUAACCAACAGAAAUUAUUGCGUUCAAGUUUUAUUUAACAGAUAUAUAUUGUCUACGUUUCUUUUUUAAAUACGUAACGUAUAUGUAUAGCGUACUGUUAUAUCUACGAAAUCGCUACAUUCCUUUAGAUAUCGUUAAGUUUUACAAUGUUUCCGAGUGCUUGUGAAUAACGUAAACUGUCGAAUAAUUUUCCUCGACUAAAAUUCAUCCGAAAAAAAAGCUUACAAUUGUUGCUAACGAAGAAAUAAAGUUUUUGAAAUCUGCGAAGAGAUUAUUAAAUUCUGGAGGACUUUAUAAAACCUGUUGCUCAGUUACCAUUAUUUUAUCGCGAGGAACAACAUCAAGAUUUACGAAGAAACGAAUGCAGUUGCCUUUAAUAGGUGCAGGAAAGGCCAGUAACAGUAGUUACCAAUUGCCUAACAAGGAAAACAUUUUGUUCGUUGAGAUGAAUGUACAGAAUGAUGUGUUAUGCGUUGUAUAAACCUGUGUUAUGUGUAAUUAAACAUAAUCAUGCGAUAUGAUCGAUUAUUUGAUACUAAUACACUAGUAUACUAGAAAACGAUCUUGUAAGAUUUCACCGGUAGAAAAUGAUGACAUGCGAACGGUGAACGUUCGCGAUUUUCUCUGUGUCGCUUUUAUUGUAUUUUUUCGAAUGCAAUUGACUGAUUUGUUAAAGAUCACGGCGAAUCGGUUGUCGACGUUCCUUCGUUCUCGAACCAAUGAACACGCAAAUAGUAAGUACACGUGCAAUUCCGUACAAAGAAAAUGAGAAAAUAGAGAGCGAGAGCGAGAGAGAGAAAGAGAGAGAACGAGAGAGAGAGAGAGAGAGAGAAAGACAGAGAAAUAUUUGAUGCGUUUUCAAAGAAAUAAGGAACAAAGAAG